UGCUACUUAUGUGUGACUAAGCUGUUCAAUACGGUUAUUGUUGGCGUAAAUCGAGCAUCAAUCCGUGUGGGUACUGCUUCGUUAUAAUUGCACAGGACAGCAUCUCCAAACUUAAUGUCUUACACUAAACUAGCUUCAGCCCUCAGAGCGGGUUCCGAUAUCUGCUUGACCCGAGCAGUAAUCUCCUGCAGGCUCCGGUCCACGGUCGCGUCUCCUCGAACCAAACCGAGCUCUGAGAGUCAGGAUCAGCCGAUUGAUGCAACCAGAUCGGUGCUGAAGAAGGCGGCAGCCCAGGUAGAUCACAUUUCCCAGACAGAAAAUGCGUGGUCCAAGUCUGAGGUGUUUAUCGACUUUGAAAAUACCAAGGAAGCGUACAAGAGCAAAGAGACGUCGGAGCUAUUGAGAAGUUUGCUGGUUUUUAGGCUGUGCUCUUUUGACUUCCUGGUGGACAAGAACAAGGAGCUGAUAAACCUUAGCAAAAAGGUCCUGGGGAAUAGGCUGUUUGAGCAGCUGAUGAAGAUGACCUUUUACGGGCAGUUUGUGGCCGGAGAGGACCAGGAAGCCAUCAAGCCCCUGGUCAGGAGGAACCGUGCAUUCGGGGUGGGCUCUGUGCUGGACUACGGUGUGGAAGAGGACCUGACGCAGGAGGAGGCUGAGAAGAAGGAGAUGGAGUCGUGUGUCUCUGAGGCUGAAAAAGAGAACCAUGGGGUGGAUCACAGAGAGAAGAAGUACAAGGCUUAUCGGCGGUUUGGCGACCGGCGUGGGGGGGUUAUAAGCGCCCGCACUUAUUUCUACGCAGACGAGGCCAAGUGUGACCAACACAUGGAGACCUUCCUCAAGUGCAUCGAAGCCUCGGGUGGAAGUUCAGAAGAUGGCUUUUCUGCUAUUAAGCUGACUGCUUUGGGGAGGCCACAGUUCUUGCUCCAGUUUUCUGAGGUGUUGGUGAAAUGGAGACGGGUCUUUCACCUGUUGGCAGCAGACCAGGGGAAAGCAGGGCUUUCAGCUCUAGACAUCAAGCUGGAAAUGAAGCAGCUGCAGGAGAGUCUUGCAAAACUUGGGCUGGGAGCUAAAGAUGAAACGCAGAACUGGUUCACUGGAGAGGAUCUGGGCAUGUCUGGCACUGUAGAUCUGUUGGACUGGAACAGCCUGAUUGACAGCAGGACCAAGAUCUCAAACCUGCUGGUGGUCCCAAACCUGGAGACUGGCCAGCUGGAGCCCCUGCUCAACAAGUUCACUGACGAGGAGGAGAUGCAGAUGAAGAGGAUGCUGCAGAGAAUGGACGUCCUCGCUAAGAAAGCUUUACAGCACGGCGUGCGGCUGAUGGUGGACGCAGAGCAGACCUAUUUCCAGCCGGCCAUCAGCAGACUGACCCUGGAGAUGCAGCGGAAAUUCAACAUGGAGAAACCCACCAUCUUCAACACCUACCAGUGCUACCUCAGGGAGGCCUAUGAUAAUAUGUCGCUGGAUGUGGAGCUGUCUCGCCGCGAGGGCUGGUACUUUGGUGCCAAGCUGGUACGAGGUGCCUACAUGGACCAGGAGAGGAACAGAGCGGCAGAGAUUGGCUACGCAGAUCCCAUUAACCCAGACUACGAGGCGACCAACCAAAUGUACCACAGAUGCUUGGAUUAUGUUCUCGAAGAGAUCAAACACCAUAGGAAGGCCAAUGUGAUGGUGGCAUCGCACAAUGAAAACACUGUCAAGUUCACUCUACAGAGGAUGAAUGAAUUGGGGAUCCAUCCGUCGGAAAACAAGGUCUACUUUGGCCAGCUGCUGGGAAUGUGUGAUCAGAUCAGCUUCCCUCUGGGCCAGGCCGGGUAUCCAGUGUACAAGUACGUGCCGUACGGCCCUGUGAACGAGGUCCUGCCCUACUUGUCCAGGCGAGCCCAGGAGAACCGAGGGAUCAUGAAGGGGUCCCAGCGGGAGAGGCUGCUGCUCUGGACUGAACUCCAGCGCCGGCUGCUGAGCGGAGAGAUCUUCUACAAGCCUGUCUACUGAGGAGAGCACUGGGGGAAAUAGCACUGCUGUUCAUUCCUUUCCUUGUAAACUUGCCAGUACUGAGUUUCCUCCAAGAGUCCCGGAUCAUUGUAAUAAUGAACCGGAACCCGGUCUGUUCGUUCCGGGCAAUUCCAGUACAGGUUUUUGUUUUGACCAGUUUCUUCGCAGUUAUAAUGAUGAUUUAUUUAUUUAAUUAAAUCUCUAUUAAUUGACAGUUGUUAUUUGUGUAGGGAUAUGAAUAGUUGUGUAGCCUGCAUUGUCAGGUAUAUUAAUUACCACUGGCUGAAUGUCCAGGAUUGACUUUAAGUACACUGGAAAGAUGACAAAAUAAUGAACUGCCUCGUUUGGAACAAAACCCUGAGUGGCGUUGCCCACAGUGCCCAGAUUUAGGCCGGUGCAAUAGGAACAGCGAAGGAUUCAGACAUGAUUUGAAGAGCUCUUGACACAUUUUAAGGAAACCACUUGUUGAAUCACUUUGAUCCCUCUCCGUUUUAAUGAAACUCAUUUCCUGCAUGGUUGCUCAGCGAUUGGACAAGCCAACUCUUACACAGACAUGCUUAGAAAUCCCUGUGAUAUUAUCACAGAGCAGAUGGUUGCUAAAAAAAACAGCAUUGAGAGGUGGCGCCAAAUGCUUUUAAGGUGUCCGGGACAGACCUGUUAAGCUAAUCUUUGCAGUCCAUUAACUAAGAGCUGAGUGUGCUGAAGGCUCCUUCUGCUUGGUAACAUACACCCUCUUUCUUGAUGUCCAAAUUAUCCGAUAUAAGUAUAUAAGAUAAAGCCAGCAUAUUGGUUUUAGAUAAUGUGUGACUGCAAAGGAUUGGUAUUGAUAAAGAGGGAAAAUUACAUUGCAGUGUAACUUAGCUUGGAAACCCUGCAGUUUCACUGCUAAUCCACAGAGCAGAGGACGAAGGAGGGAUCAUUAAAACCAGUAAAGCUGUACUGGGAAGUGAGUUUCUUUCGAUCCCACACUCCAAACAGGGUGUUAUUAGAACUGAUAUCAGGAUAGCCUAUUUGGAUUAAUUGGUAGAUAUCCUGUGUUCUCAAUUAUUGGCUGCCACAUUAUAGUUUUUAAAUACAUGUACCCUUGCAGGCAAGAGCCAUACACAAUGUCUAGUGCUGCUUGGAGGAAACAAAAUGCUGUCCUUUGUAUGUGCUGUGUUGUCUGUCUUUGUUUUUUUUUUUAAACAGAGAUACAAAUGUAUUUAAAAUGAACAGUAUAACAUGCUUCGUAUUGCCCCUGUAGGCCAGGGCGUGAUGUUCAGUAUGCUGUAGUGAUCACUACCUACCAGGGGAGAGGGUUAGAAGCCCGCUCUUCUGCUCCAGUUGCUAUAUAGCCCUUUGGAUUUCUUGGGUGUUGAGCGGUAAUGUUAAUGUAGCUAACCUGGCUUGUUUAGAAGCUCUCUUUGGUUUUAACCAGUGGGCUGUAAGAGUUGUAAUCCUGGGGAUACUCUUGAAUGUUAUUGUCUUGUGGCACUGUUUUAGAAAUAACUACAGAGGAGAUGACAGUCUUCUGAGUGAAUGAAAAGCAAAAGGUUCCAGGUGUUCCACCAGUGAGGAAGACUGUAGUCUCCAAGUACACUGCAUGUUGCCAGCAGCUAUACCUGUUACAUGGCAAGCGAUUUGCUCUCUCCCUGUUUUAAGAUCCUGGCUGAAAAUCGUCAAAGUGCUGCUUUUGCUCGGAGUCUGACUUGGAGUCUGGUUGCAGGCUGCAGUUGCUACAGGUCCUUUGGGAAGCAUGUUUAUCCAAACUGGACUGUAUUAUCACAGGAUAACCAGGAUCCAAGUGGAAGUGGUGGACAGAGAGAAUCCACUUGUUGGGUAAUGUGGGUGUGGCCACAGCUGCCAGCACUGUCUUGAUGUGUCUUUUUAACUCUUAGUGUUGCUUCAAAUGUCACCUUAUGAGGGUGAUUUUGCUGUUCAUGUAUGUAUUUAUAUAUUUCUUUCUAUAGUUCAGUGUUAACUUGUGCUUGGUUCUGCUUCCAUGUUGUGCAGACGCAAGCUGCUUUUGUAAAUAAUCAAACUGUGUUAAUGGUGUUUGUUUUAAAUAAAGGCCGACCUUGGCAAUCAAUAUGCCAGAGAAAGCACUUUCCAUUGGCAAAACACGGCCAUCAGAUCGCAUGUGUUCAGUCCGACGCGUCAUUUAAACCGGAGUGGCAGCUUCUAAUUGGUUAUAUUUCAGAAUUAAGUGCGAAGCAGCAGUUUUCUGUUUACUGUUCACCCUGAGUGGCAAUUCAUGAAUUAGCCAGCCUUUUAGUCAUGCGUCUACACAGUUCCUGUUCUGCUGUUAAUCAAAUAAGUAAUAUGUUUUGGAAAGCCAGUCGCAAGAGCAGUUCUCUCCCCGUGCCAAGCCAAUUCCUAACCCCUCGUUUAACUCUCAAAGGUGGGGUUUGUGCCGAAUUGGACAGUGGCCAGUUUCUGGGCAAGGAGCAGAUUGUAAAUGCAAAUCGCUUGUUUGUUUUAAAAGGGAAUUGGUGGUGAAGAUUUGAUGGGGUGAAUUCUUCUGUUUAGAAGUGGUAAGGAUGUUUAAAUGCCAAGCGAUGUAUUUUGGUCAGAGCAUGGUAAAUGAAAGUGGGAGUGUUUGAAGUCAGCCUGUCAGUCAGUUUGCAAGGUGAAUUCAAGUGCUGUGCUAUUGUUAGACAUGGUGGACUGUGAUGUAAAAACAUUAUAUUGUUCAGGGUUCAUAGCUCUCUGACAUCGAGACACAUUCUUAUAAAUGUUUGACACAAAAAUCCAGUUUCUGUAAUUAAUCCUGAGGUUCAGAUUGUGUCAGUAUUUUAUUCAGUACUGACAGCAAAGGGGCCUUUUAAUGAGGUGUUUAUAUUUAGUGUUAUAAACCCUCCCUGGUGAUUUAUGGUGCAGUGGGUGAAU